GAUCUUCGUCGCAAUGGCGAUCUUCAGGGUAGGCUCAGCCAAUGAAGUGACAGGAUAAUCAUGUCCAAGACUCAGGAAACACCAAACCCCGCAUCGCGCCACCAAAUGAAGUGAGUCACAUCAGCCAAGACUGCUGAAUAAAAGAGGUAUUGCUCUUCACAAAUCUUGAUCCGGGAAGAGACACUGCCCGUGAUCGUAUCUGCAACCAACAAAGCUCUCGUCAAGCAUCCUUACACAGUUCCCAGCCUCAUUUCAGCUCCUCAAGUUACCUCCAACAACCAAAACACCAUCAAAAUGGGCGAGAAAACUUUGCCUACCAGAGAGCUUGAUCUAAUUGGUAAAGUCGCGGUCAUCAGCGGUGCAUCACGAGGCAUCGGUCGCGCUAUCGCAUUCAACUUGGCAUCUCGAGGAUGUUCUAUCCUGGGCACCUGUGUCAGCAACAAAGGUAUUGAUGCUCUAUCAUCAGGCUUGAACGAUGAGAUCACAGAACGUAUCUACAAAGCCACAUCAAGAGAGCGUCCAGCAGGUCAACAGAUCAAAGGGAUUAUCGCCGACGUAUUCUCUAGCGACUGCGCCAAAACAAUUGCCGAUGCCCUUGAGAAGUCCUUUGGCGGUCGCGUUGACAUCCUGGUGAACUCAGCCGGUGACCCUAUGCCUGGUGUCAUUGGUCAAAUGGCUACUGAAGAGAUUCAGAGAAGCAUUCUAGGCAACGUCCAAACCCCAGUUCAGAUCGUUGAAGAGCUCGUUCGUCGAAAACUCUUCCAACUCAACAGCCGUAUCAUCUACAUAUCAUCAGUCCGCUCGCGCCUCCCAUGGGCCGAUCAACUGAUGUACGCAGCUGGAAAAUCAGCCGGUGAAUCACUUUGUCGAACAUGGUCACAGGCCUUUGGUGGAAAAGAUGAGCGAUACGCUUUUAUGGCUGGAACGACUGCGAAUGCAGUCACCGCAGGUUUGACGGAGACUGACGCUGUUAUGGAUUGUGGACCGGAGGUUGUCAAGACGUUCCAGGAUGAGUUCUUUCCCUUGCAGAGUAUACCUAAGUUUGGACAGCCUGAUGACGUGGCUGAUGUUGUAGGGAUGCUUUGUGGGAAUGAUGGAAGAUGGAUUACUGGAUCUGUUAUUAGUGCGAGUGGUGGCUGUAUCAAGAUGCAAUAAAGUUUUAGCAUAUCACAAAUGGCAAAAUUGAACGAAUACUUUUCCACGCUUUUAUUGACAUAGAGCUUAACUAAACAAGCAGACUCCGGUAGCUCUAUACAAGGAAGAAAUAGCAGAGUGGCGAAUAUGGGGUGGAAGGACCAACAAAACCUCCAACAUCAACCGGCAACAUUAGCUUCCACAAAACGCCAAUCCCUCCAUCGACUUAAGAUGCCUUCAACUGAAGUUUGGCAAAGGUCUCAACCGCGAGCAAAGCAUCACGGGCCCGGUCCUCGCCAAGGAUACCACCGUCAACCAGAUUCUUCAGGACAUCACGCACAUACUGGCGAUUGAACGCCGCCUCGCCUUGGGGGUUUUCCUCAGGAAGCACGGAACGAACCCGAGCUUCAACAUCACCAAGUUCAGAGAUCGGAAUGCUGGCAACCUCAAAAAGCUUGGAGUGUGCGGGGGGACCAUCAUACUUUACGAGAGCGUAGCGAGCUUCAUUCUGACGGCCUUGGGCGGUGAGCCAGGUCGUGGUGAUGGGGUUGAGGGCGGCAAACAUCCAGCGGCUGGGGACCUGAAAAUUGAUCUUGGGUUUAAAGUCCAGAGGGGGGCUGACGGCGAUGAA